AUGAAGUCGAAGAAGAGAAAGAGCUUCACUAAGCUAGGGGAUGAAGAACUAGAAGGUCAUCAUCAGCAUCAUAGUCAUCUAUCUGCCAGACGGGCUAUUUAUUGUAAACGAAAACGAACUUUGAAAGCACAAUCAAUCUACUGUGGAAAGCUUCUUUUACUGUAUAUUCUUUACCUUGGAAUUGGUGCAGCUGUUUUUAAGAAAAUAGAAUUCCCUGUUGAGAUCGCAAAAUGCAAACAUGCUGUUGGAGAAGCGAGAAAUGGUCAAGUCUGGAAAGUGCGGCAGACGCUUGUCAAUCUUGGGCUCAAUACCCUCAUUUGCUCUGGGCUCAAAAAAUUUCUAUUCGAUUAUAAAUCGAUGCCAGAUGAUACAUUGCCGGAAAAGUUGGUAACGAUGUUUUCCGACUGGACUGAUGAAGAUUGCUCAAAGAGUUCUUAUAAAACGAUUGUCAUGGAUACGAUGAUGGAAGAAAUGAACAGUGAAAAGCCGGAUAGAGCCGUGGUCAAUCAAUAUCACAGAGUUUGGCAGCAAGCAACUCAACUCGGAGCAUCAAAACUGGGUCAAGACGACGAAUUGGUCGUCUCUCAAAAAGCGCUGCUGGACACUUUCGGAGAAAUAUCAAGAACGAGUAUCAACGAUUUCAGCUCGCUCCAAAGCGACUGUUACGGGGGAAAUUCAAGGUGGGACUAUCACAAUGCUUUUUUCUUUGCUGGAACGUUGGUUUCGACGAUUGCUUACCUCCUCUCCGUCAUUUCCGAAAUCAUCAACGACUGCUUGCGAAAAUGCCGCAGCAAACUAGAACGCUUCGUCCAAUCCGCCAAGGGUUGCUGCAAAAACGAGCGAAUUUCUUCCAUCGUCUCUUUUUCCUACAUUUCGAUCGGCUUCGUCCUCACUUUUGUGCUUCCAUGCGUCGCUUUUAUCAAAAUCGAGCAAUGGACGAUUCUCGAUGCUGUUUAUUUUUCAAUUAUUACGCUGACCACGGUUGGUUUUGGGGAUUAUAUUCCGAGUGUGGCGCCGCCGGAAAAAUAUGCGAACAAUGUUCGAAAUGAUUCUGUUUGCUUCCAGGCGAUGAUUGAGCCAGUAACGAUGGUCAAAAUCAGCAACCGAACUGGUCUUCCUGAGCUUUGUGCUCCCAGCAUGUGGCCUUCAAAAAUUGAAAUGCUUUACACUUCAUACAGAAUUGUCGUCUUCACAUGGAUUAUUUUCGGUCUUGUUUGGGUUUCUGGUUUGAUAAGCCUGGUGACCGAAAGAAUCCGAAAACGCGCUCAAAUCAAGCUGGGGUCAACUAUUCCUACAAUGACAAACUCGGCCUCGAACAUCAUCAGUCUCAUGACACCUUCUCGCCCAUCCAGACUUCCUGUUCGAAGGAGGUUGAAUUUUGGCCAAGACAACGACGAAAACAACCGACCAGUGUCGACUCGCGAAUCUACCGACGAUUUCCUGAAGCGUCAAAUUUCUGAAGCAAUGGAAUCGGAAGAACGCCGCUUUGCUGAAAUUUACAACUUCAACACGACUACCGGUCGACCCAUUAGAUCAAGUGAAAGUGAACAAAACUACGAUUGGACUAUCACCCGCUCUGCUCCACGAUACUAUCGAGCCAUCGCCCUCCGAAAUCGUCGAGCCGAAGCCCUGAACGCCGUCGGAAGCAAAAAAGCCGCGACUCUUCCCGACUUUGCCUCCCCAGCGAAGCGAUCCCCAACCAAACGAACUCGCGCCCAACUCGACUUUUCGAAUUCCGCGCCAGUUUCAGCCACAGAAGCGAAGAAAGCCAAAAUGACAAAACUCACCAUCCGGCCGAAAAAUCAACAAGAAUCCGUCUCAAAGUAA